AGAAAUCAGAGAGCAUCGGAAAGUUCGUGUGAGUCCAUCGCGAUUCUGUAGACGAAGUUGUUUGUGGGGUGCAUGGGUUUGAUGGGUUACCUUUUAUGGUGAUUCAAGUAACAAGAAAACAUUGGUCAAACUUGUAAUGUUCUAAUAGCAGAUCGAAACAGGACCUUUUGAAAGAAAACAAUGUUCAGCAGUUCAGGAUGGAUCAUACUGAUAGCGAUCGUCGCAUCACUAGCAGAGGCAAAUUAUCCUCCUCCAGAAAGAUUGACAGGAAUGAAUCCUUGCAUUAGCAAGCAAACAUGCCAUGAAUGCAUACAAACACCACAUUGUGCAUGGUGUGCUGCACCAAAAUUCUCAGAAAAGCGGUGCUUCCUACCAAAUAUAAAUACCAAAAUAUUUGCAACAUGUCCAGGAGAAUACACGUGGAACCCAGAUAAUCUUUUCAGUAUGAUAAGACAUUACAAUUUAACAAAAGGUGGCUAUACAAGUGGUGGUGCCAGUGGCUAUGAGUAUUCAUAUUCAAAUUCUAGCUCGUUUAGCUCUAGUUCACAGUCCAACAGAGAAAGUAGUAGUAGCAGCAGCAGUGGCAGAAGACAAGAAGCUGUGCAACUUUGGCCACAAGAAGUUAAUUUAAAACUAAGAAUAAGUGAAGCACACAGAAUGACCUUUGCUUACUCACAAGCAGAAGAUUAUCCUGUUGAUCUGUAUUACCUUAUGGAUCUGAGUAAAUCGAUGGAAGAUGAUAAAAAGAAAUUGUCAGAUUUAGGUCAACUUUUAGUAGAAAGUAUGAGUAAAAUUACGAGUAACUUUCGAUUAGGCUUUGGCAGCUUUGUUGAUAAAGUUGUAAUGCCUUAUGUUAAUACGAUGCCAAAGUCGCUGAUAGAACCAUGUGAUGGAUGUGCAGCACCAUAUGGAUAUAAAAAUAUUAUGACAUUGUCUCAAGACACUAGUCAUUUUGCAAAUUUAGUGCGAAAUGCUUCAGUGUCUGGGAACUUGGAUGCACCAGAAGGAGGAUUUGAUGCGAUAAUGCAAGCUAUAGUUUGUAGAGGACAAAUUGGUUGGCGUGAAAAAGCACGUAGAUUAUUGGUAUUUUCUACGGAUGCUGGUUUUCAUUAUGCAGGUGAUGGUAAACUGGGUGGAAUUGUAAAGCCAAACGAUGGCGAAUGUCAUUUAGAUUAUACUGGUCUCUACACUCAUUCAUCCUUACAAGACUACCCAAGCAUUUCACAGAUUAAUUUGAAAGUUAAACAGAAUGCUAUUAAUAUUAUAUGGGCUGUCACCGAAGAACAAAUAAAUGUAUACAAAAGACUGACUAAACACGUAGAAGGAUCUUUUGCUGGCAAACUGUCGGACGACUCGAGUAACGUUGUAGAAUUAAUUCGAGAACAAUACGAUGCAAUUUCAAGUUCUGUCGAAAUGAAAGAUACGGCCAGCAGUGCCGUGAAAGUAAAAUAUUUUUCAAAGUGUUUGGGUAACGGACCACUCAUCGAGACAUCGAAAUGUGAUGGACUAAAAGUUGGAACAAAAGUCGAAUUUAUUGCAGAAAUUGAAGUCACGAAUUGUCCGGAAAAUAGAUCAGAAUGGAAACAGAAAUUUGAUAUUUAUCCAGUUGGUAUUAAUGAGACUCUUACUGUAAAUCUGGAAAUGUUAUGCGACUGCGAGUGUGAACGGGAAGGUCUUAUGUACGAACCAAAAUCACCAGAAUGCAAUGGCGUGGGAACUUUAAAAUGCGGCGUUUGCGAAUGUUACGAUGGAUUCUUUGGAAAACGCUGUGAAUGCAGCCCUCAUCAUGAAAUGACAGGAUUUGAUAAACAUUUCCAGUCCUGUAGGCCUGAUAAUACUUCUCUCGUAGAUUGUUCAGGAAGAGGAACUUGCGCGUGUGGUCAGUGCGAGUGCGAAGAAAGAGACAAUCCGGAUGAAGUGAUAUCAGGUCACUUUUGCGAAUGUGAUAAUUUCUCGUGUGAUCGAGAUCAAAAUCGCUUAUGCUCUAAUCAUGGAACAUGCGAAUGUGGACAAUGUAUCUGCGACGCUGGAUGGACUGGACCAUCUUGCAGUUGUAAAUCUUCUAACGAAACUUGUAUUGCACGAGGAACGACAAGUGGAAUAUUGUGUUCAGGACAUGGAGAUUGUAUAUGUGGUGAAUGUUACUGUCACGAAGAAGGAAAUAUACGAUACUCUGGUAAACAUUGCAAUAAAUGUCCCACUUGCCCAAGUCGCUGUGAAGAAUUGAAGAACUGUGUAUUGUGCCAAAUGUAUGGCACUGGAAAUUAUAGUGACAAAGAAGAAUGUGCAAAGAAUUGUAAAGAGUUUGUUCCUGAACCAGUCGAGACUGUUAUUCCAGAUGUUGAUAAAGACGAAGAGCCGUGUUCUGGUAUAGACGUAGAUGACUGUAAAUAUAAUUUUGUUUAUUAUUAUAACGAAACAAAUUGCUUGAAAGUACGAGCACAAAAAGAAAGAGAAUGUCCACCGCAAGUCUAUAUGCUGGGCAUAGUAUUAGGUGUAAUAGCGGCAAUUGUUUUAAUCGGCCUCGCAUUAUUACUUUUGUGGAAAUUAUUGACGACUAUACAUGAUAGAAGAGAAUUUGCAAGGUUUGAAAGAGAGAGAAUGAUGGCUAAAUGGGAUACGGGAGAAAAUCCAAUCUAUAAACAAGCCACGUCAACGUUUAAAAAUCCAACCUAUGCUGGAAAAUGAGAGCUGUAAAAGUGAUCUCUAUUCAAUAGAGAAUGCGGAACUAUUACAUUGCAGUAAAUUGUGUUUUUUAUAUAAAUUUUAAACUGGUUAAUAUUUAAACAACAAACAAUAUACUUUAUCACGCAUCAAAAGAAGCUUUAGGAGUAAAUAAGAUAGUUUGUAACAUUGUAACUCGUAAGUAUUUAAUGGAAAUUAAUGUAGUAUGAAGUUAUAUCAACUUAUUCGUUAAGUACGAUAUUAUAAUACUGCCAUAUAACUUAGACUGCUAUGUAUGAGUGCGUGUGCAUGUGUGUGCAGAUGUAAUUUAUAUACAAGGGAUAAUAAUUUCUAUAAAAUGCAAAACUGCAAUGUAAGAUUGAAUAUUUGCAUGGAAGUACGGUAACAUAACAUUUUUAAGAUUUACAAUUUAUCUUACCAUGCAUUUUACAUACAAGUGCCUUUGUCUUGCGACAAAAAUGUUUAUAUCAAUUUUAGUUACCUUUUUUAAUGAGGAAUUUAUGAGGAAUCAUAAUCUCGUUGUGGACUUUAUCUACACUCAUUGAUCUGAUACCUAGAGCUCGAUCAAUUCGUUCUUUUUUUUUUUUUUACAUGUGUUUAUUGAGAUUUUUCAUACGCUAGUAUAUUUGAAAUUAGAAAUACAAAUAAGGCACAUUAAAUAUGUGAUAUUGCAAGACCUAAAAAACUACAUAUUUACAGAUGUACUUUAAGGAACGGUGAUCGAUUGUUUUCGUCUUAUGUCUUCCCUGUUCUAACACAUGUUUUACAUUUUGUAAUGAUUUGAAAAUGUAUGUAGGAAAUUGUAUAAAUGUAUAAAACAACAAAACGCAUAGUAAUAAGUAUAAAUCAUUUUACAACUGUUAAAAAUGAUAGAUGCUACGUUUUUUGUUUAGUUAUAUAAGAUAUUAUAUAGAUGAGAGGCCACUAAAUUUUGUUGCCUGUGUCCAAUAUUAUAAAUAAUAGACAUGCUUGCAAUUAUUAAAAAAUUAACGCAAUACUUUAAAGUGACUUAAAUCAAUAUUCAGAAUGUAUUUAAAAAUUAACGCAAUACUUUUGUAAUGUAUCGCAUUAAUCAGAUUUAAUUAUAUUAAUAAGAUGUGAUUUAUAACUUUUAUAUUUUACUCUUAUUUAAAUAUUUAAAAAUAAACUAUCAGAAAAAUGACAAAAGAGUAUCAGCUUAUCUUACGAUCUCACUGUAAGAUAACACACAUAAAACAUCAUCAUAUGUUGAUAAUAUAUUUUUGUGCGCGCA